AUGCUGGGCUCCAGGGAUCCCGAAAGUUAUGAAUUCGCAUUUUACCGCUAUGACCCCAGCAUGGGUGGCGCCGUUCUUUUCAUCCUUCUCUUCAUUGGCACCACAGGGUGUCAUGUCUUCCAAAUGGUCAAGUCUCGCACAUGGUUUUUCAUUCCAUUUGUCAUAGGCGUUGAGAUCAUCGGAUAUAUCGGACGUGCCAUGUCCAGCAAGCAAAGCCCAAACUGGACGCUCGGACCUUACAUUGUGCAGACGCUUUUUCUCUUACUCGCCCCUGCUCUCCUUGCAGCCUCUAUAUACAUGCUACUCGGUCGGAUUAUCCUAGUGUUGCAGGCUGAAUCCCACGCACUGCUGAAAAAGAAGUGGUUGACGAAGAUAUUUGUAACGGGCGAUGUGCUUUCAUUCUUAUUGCAGGGAGCAGGCGGCGGAAUCCAGUCCAGUGGAAACCUAUCCGCCAUGAAGACUGGCGAGCACAUCAUCGUCGUCGGCCUCGUAAUUCAAAUAUUCUUCUUCGCAUUUUUCAUGAUCACCGCAACCCACUUUUACCUCAAGGUCAAGAAGUAUCCGUUCCCGCGGUCUUGUUCUCCGCAUAUCCCCUGGAAAAAACACAUGAAGGUACUCUACGCGACGAGCUUCUUUAUUAUGGUCCGUUCCAUGUUUCGACUCAUUGAGUACAUCCAAGGAAAUAACGGGUUUCUAUUGCACAACGAGGCCUUUCUUUAUGUUUUCGAUGCACUGUUGAUGUUCAUCACCAUGGUCAUAUUCAACGUUAUCCAUCCGCACGAGAUCGGCCAGCUACUACGUCAACCCAAUGACUAUGACAUGACGAGUUUCUCAGAAGAGCAGACCCCAAAGCCCUACCAAGGGUACAAUAAUGUGUGA